CAAGAGAAAAUACCCCGCCAAAAGCCAAAUCUAAAGAGGAAAGCUAAAGAAAAAAUAUCGGGAAUCAAGCUCUACUAAACAAAGUAUUAUUUGCUGCUACAAGUUAAACAAUUAAACAUGUUAUUUAAAGCACAGUCUAGUGCGUCUAAUAAAACUCAGAAUGCGUUUGAGACACACGAAUUAGAAAGACAAGAUGUUAACUACACGGAUUGCUCAAAACGGUUUCAAGAAGUGGCUAGGGAUUUUUCAAAGCAAUAUGCACAUAUUUAUUCUGCAAGACUUAAUACUUAUAGAAACAUUAUGAUACCUAUCAUUAAGAAGAAAUGGUCAGAUCGGCAUAAGAUUUUAAAAUUGUGUGAACUCCGUGAUAAAGGUACCACUUGCAUUAUUAUCGGAACACUUUUCAAGUUUCAAGAAUUAAAACCUAGUAUCCUGAAAGAAUUGUCAGAUCAACUGGAAAUAAUACCCCAAGCUCCCAGAACACAUUUUGUGCAUGAAUCCGACAGUUUAGUGUUGGAGGAUGAGCUUCAGAGAAUAAAGUUGGUUGGAGACUGCAUUGAUGUCCAUGAAGUUGUAACUGGAGUAGUUUGUGCUUUAUUAGGCUCUGAAGAUGAAGAUGGUAUAUUUACAGUCCAGGACGUCUGUUGGGCAGGCUGUGGUAUACAAAAACCAUUGCCAAAAUUAAGCUCAGAUAGAUACAUUGUCCUGAUGUCAGGCUUGAAUACAUCAAGAACAGCCAAUCACAUGUUCUCAAUGCAUUUGUUGAUGGAAUGGCUGUCGGGUUUGUCUGGCACCUCAGAAUAUCAGGAAGAAGUUUCUAAGAUUGUCCGAGUAAUUGUUGCAGGUGGAGUUCUAGCCAGUCACUCAAAUGAAAGUGGAGUAAAUGAAACCGAGUUUAUUGCAGCAGUUGAACUGAUGGACUCUUUAGCAGCUGCUGUGAGCGCUGUUGCACCUCUAGACCUUAUGCCCAGUAGCAAAGACCCUACUGGAAUAAUGUUACCACAAAAGCCUUUUCAUUACUGUUUAUUCCCAAAAGCAAUUGAAUAUAAAUCAUUUAACAGGGUUACAAAUCCUUAUGAGUGUGAAAUUGCAGGUUUCACCUGUUUGGGUACCUCGGGAGAACCUAUAAAAGAUAUAAUGAGAUAUAGUAAGUUAGACAACACCUUGGAAGUAAUGAAGAAAACUCUGCAGUGGAGAAACAUUGCCCCAACUUGUCCAGAUACUAUACCAUGCACUCCUUGUACGGAUACUGACCCCUUUAUUAUUUACAACUGCCCAGCUAUAUAUUUUUGUGGUAAUUCAGCAGAAUUUGCUACUGAUCUUUAUGAAGGUGAGAAUGGUCAACGCACCAGGCUAGUGUGUAUACCAAACUUUUGUGAUUCGUUAACCGUCGCUCUAGUUAACUUGUCGAAUUUGGAAUGUUAUAGCAUGAAAUUUUCGUGAACUCUGUGUUAAUUGUUUUGUUUACAUAAUAAAAUGAUAUCCUUAAUUGUC